AUGAGUUCAUCCAAUCACAACAACUCAUCAUCAACAGAGGAUCAAACUUCUUCGCCCCCCUUCUAUGAUAUUUCCGAUGAACAAAUCCAACAAUGUGUUCGUAAAGCCAUUAUGAAAGUUCUUCCUCAACUCAUUGAAGAUGAGGACAUUCUCGAUCAUGUCGUGAACGAAUUGAUCAAUGACAAUGUCAAUAUGCUUUCACAAAGCGGUGCUAUUGACUUUGAUGAUGUCGCCGCCAGUGCCUACGAUAACAUUAAAUCUUCGGCUACAAAAUUAUCGUUUGCUGCUCUUUCCAACAUCAAAGGUGAAAAAAAGCAACAAAGUCAAACACUUAUCAUUAAUAUUCUCUCAGAGCAUUUAAUUAAUUAUGAUUUGAGCGACGAUGAUGAAGAUGAAAUUUCUCAAAUAUGUCAUGAAAUUCAAGAACAUUUAAGAAACAUAAGACUAGGUCAAUACGCAGAUUACGGUGUGAAUAUUGGUGAUGUUGAUGACGAUGAUGGUGCCUAUGUAGAAGAUGGUUGCUGUAUGAUGUGUGAGAGAGAAAUGAAACUCACUCGUCAUCAUCUCAUUCCUCGAACGUGUCACAAAAAGUAUCUCAAACGAGGUCAAUAUACCAAAGAGCACUUGAAUAAGUGUAUUCUAAUUUGUAGAGUAUGUCACGAUGCUGUUCAUUCAUUCAUUUCUCUGGAUGACAUGGCUGAACAUUAUCAUACACUUGAAACCAUCCAAAGUCAUCCAAAGGUUCAAAGAUGGAUUCCCUAUGUAGCCAAACAACGAACAGGAAAGAAAUUUAGAUUCUAA